GCUUGAGUUUUAUCUUUAAUAUCAUAGCAUACUUUCUUAUUUCGCGAGGUGUUUGUUUUACUUAAUCAAAUUAAGUAAUAAGUUAAUAAAAAAAUUUUUUAUACCUUAUAAUUAUUUAUUAAUAUAAAAAAAACACAACAAUUGAUUUAAGCUGAAAAAUGCAAUUGUAAAUCCCUUUAUUUCUCAAUUCUUUGAACUAAAAAAAAAAUUUUUUUAAUGAUGCUCAGUUUAAUCCUGUCGCAAUCGAUAAUUUGGAAUGAAAAUAUCCGAAUAAUUUUUUAAUAACUGGCAUAUUUGUGCUUAAUAUUGAUUAAAAAAAUAAUAUUUAAGUUAAAAAUAUUAAAACAACUAAUACUUCUUCAUCAAAACAGACAUUGAUAAUAUGAUGAUUUUUAUAUAAAUGUUUUGAUAUUUUUUCAUAUCUGGUAAUCAGUAACGCGCGCUUUUAUAAAUGCCAAAAAAUGAUUCAAACUUCAGAAAUUGUUUUUUUGCUCGAACGACAUUUUUUUCAUAAAAUCACUGAUUUACUUUUAAAUCAAUUGAUUAAUUUAAGAGGAAUAUGUUGCGUAAAUUGAUAAUUUUAUCUUUUAUUGCUGGAGCAAUUGGGUUAGCUUCGGAAUCUGAUAAGUGCCCAGUUAUAAAACAAAGAUUGUGGAAUUUAGAUAGAGUUAUUGCCGGAAAAUGGUACGAAUAUAAGAGAAGUUCAAAUAAUUGGGCCGGUGCUGACAAAUGUACUGGAUUUCAAUAUAAGAGAAUUGGAUCUGGGGAGUUUAGUGUUAUUUGCGAUGGUAUUUCGACAAUUGAUAACGGGGUCGUAAGAACUGUUGGCAAACUUACGUACAAAGAUCCUCGAAAUUUGACUGUAACUUAUUUCGUUCCCGUCGUGGGUGUGGUAAAAGAAAGCUACGUAAUUCUUGAAACGGACUAUGAUAAUUAUGCUAUCUCUUGGAGUUGCGUUCAACAAGGAUCUCGACAUAUUUCAUAUUAUUGGUAUAUCACAAGAGAACCUCAACCUUGUAUGGAUAUUGAUCGAAUAGCCCAAAGAGUAAUUCAAGAAUAUGGUCUUCAACCUGAAUCUAUGUCUAAGGUCGAUCAAGAUAACUGUCCCUACAAUUGAUUUAUUUAUUAUGUACUAAUUAAUUGAUAAAUUAAAAAUGAAGUUAAACAUAUAAUUUAUAAAUUUAAAUUGUUAUUU